GUGACGUGCUGCGUAUCGUCGCCUGACCGCUGGCCUGAUCCGAAGUUGGCUAAAGUUUGUUUCCUCCGCUAACUUGGGGUGAAAAGUGGUCACCAGCAUGGCUGCCCUCAGUUUCGUGGUAGCCAUGUGUGUGAUGACCCUCUUCUGGGGUUUUGUCGGCGGAGUUGUUCCCUGGUUCAUCCCCAAAGGACCGAACAGAGGAGUGAUCGUGACCAUGCUGGUGUUGACUGCUGUGUGCUGCUAUCUCUUCUGGCUGAUUGCCAUCCUGGCACAGCUGAACCCACUCUUUGGACCGGCGCUGUCAACAGACAUCAUCUGGUACCUGAACCACCACUGGACUUGAAUGUUUCCUCCACUGCUGUGGAGUCGCCAGUGCUGCCGGACGCUCUCCCCUCAGAUCACCUUGCAAUGACCUUCACACGGGUGCCUUGUCCGAAAAUCAUUCCCAAAACACGUCUCUGAAUGUGCCUCACUAUAAUUUAAGACGGCUAUCUUUUGUUUGUAUAUGUUUGUGACUGUUAUAAAUGUAAAAUGUUUUGUCUCAAAA